AUGAAACCUGAACGAUUACAAUUUAUCAAAGUACAUGGAUAUCUUUCUCACAAUAGAUCUGGGACUCAACUAGCAACAACUAAUGAUAUACUACCACACGAAUAUUCUCAGAUAAUUUACAAUGAACCCAAUAAUAUGUAUCCACCUCAAUGGAUGACAAAGAAACAAAUGGACCAUCAAGUAUGGACUCCAUUGAUCCAAUACUUUAAAAAUGAAAUAUUCAAAAAAUACAUACCAAGUUAUUUAAAAGAAUGGACCAUAAAAGGAAAAAUUAUCAAUAAUCGCAUCCAAGAACAAUUUCCUAAUCAAGAAAUUUUUGAAGAAUACAAAACACUAUAUGACAGUGAUGAACAAAACAAUUCGGCUGAAAAACUGAAUUAUCUGUGA